AUGGUCAUGGGAGUGAACUGGAUGAGGGGGAUGAGUCCAAUGGUUUUUGACUUUAACAAGCUUACUGUGGAGUUCAACAAAGAAGGACAGAACAUCAAGCUUCAAGGUAAUGCACCUACAACUCAACUUUCUAUGAUGACUGGCAAGGCUUUACAUAAAUGGCUCAAGAAAAACAAAAAUGGAUUGUCUAAAGUGGAGUAUCUUGGACAUAUCAUCACUGGAGAAGGAGUCACAGCUGACCCAGCCAAGAUUGCAUGUAUGCUCAAGAGGCCAGUACCAUCUACUUUGAAGGAAAUCAGAGGGUUCCUAGGCCUUACUGGGUACUAUAGAAAAUUUGUGCAAGGGUAUGGUAUAAGUAAGCCAUUGACAGAACUGCUUAAAAAAGAUAACUUCCAUUGGAAUGUCGAUGCUCAGAAUGCAUUUGAAACCCUCAAGCAAGAUGUCACCAAAACCCCAGUACUUGUACUGCCAGAUUUCACUCUACCAUUUGAAGUAGAGAUUGAUGCCUAUGAUACAGGAGUGGGAGCAGUCUUAAUGCAGAACAAGAGGCCAAUUGCUUAUUUAAGCAAGGGCAUGGGUAAAGGUUUCUCUCAAUGUCCACCUAUGAGAAGGAGCUACUUGCUAUAG